GGCAGUGCAGCGGACCGACAUAGCAGAAGACGAGUAGACGAAGCUGUAGAGCAGGUGAAGGUGAAGGUGAAGAUGCGGAUGAAGAGUAGAAGAUGCAGAGUGUGAGUCCAAGUUGAUAUCGCCAAUAGUUAGCUCCAUCGCCGCAACUCAACAUCGCCGGCUCGUCCACAGCAAAAAGACGGCCAGCAAGACAACAUCGACCGCUACAAACGACCGGCCCAGCGUUCUCGCACGGCUAGAAUGACCGCGGAGGAGUGCUAGAGACAUGUCGCAGCUCGACCAGAUCGUCAAAGGCGCGCCGCCGCCCGAGAUCCAGGUCCACCGGCCAGACACAGGCAGCCUGCCUCCGCCAUCGCCAUCGCCAUCGCCAUCGCCAUCGCUCUCGUCCUCGAGCUCGCAGGAGUCGUCUGUGACGGCCGCUGCGCCUGAUCCGCUGUCUGCGCUGCCCUCCUCGCCGCCGCAGAUAUACCUGAACCUGCUCAUCGUCGAGUCCGCCCUGCGCGCACAGUACCUCGCACUGCGGGCCCGGCGCCGCCAGAACACCUUCUUCCUGCUGCUGCUGGCCCUCUGGAUCGUCUACUUCACCUAUGCCCUCUUCUUCCGGCCGCGCGAGGACGGCAGAGGGCUCGGCGGCUCCGUCUACUGGGUCGUCGAGACCGGCGAGAAAGUCGCCCUCACCGGCGGCGUGGUCACGGCCAUCCUCAUCUGGGGCACCGGCCAGUGGGAGCGAGGCAUGCGGUGGCCGCGGCGCUGGCUGGGAGUCACCAACCGGGGCAUCAGGGGCAUGAAUGCAAAGGUUGUGGUCAUCCCGGGCCCCUGGUGGAAGGAACUGCUCUCCUACAUAUCGUUCAUCUUCCCCUAUUCGGCCUUUUUCCCCUCCAACACGUCUUUCCACUACGUCGAGUACGAGAGGCCUGCUUCUGCCUCUGCCUCUGCUGCGGCGGCGGCGGCUGCAACAUCGGUAGCCCCUGGGGACAGGCCUGCCAGCCGCAGACGCCGGGGAAGCUCAGUGACCAGCCUGCGCCAGCCGCCGGACGAAGAAAACCGCAUUGGGGUCGAGGAAGACCUGGCUCCCGGGGGUGACUACAUACGGCUGCUCUUGCUGCCCAAAUCAUUCUCCCCGGCCUUCCGCAAGAACUGGGACGAGUACCGGACCGACUACUGGGAGAAGGAGAACGAACGGCGGGCUCGUCUGCGCCAGAAGAUCAAGGAGUUCACCCGCCAACAGGCCAGAGCAAACGCCGGCUGGCUCUGGUGGGCGAGAUGGAGAUACUGGAAACAAAGCUACCCGCGUGCUAUACCCGUCAUCAGCAAGAGUGGCCGGGACAUCGAGAAAUAUACCCAUCACAGGGCCUCGCACUCCCGCCCUUGGAACGGCAGCGAGCGGGAGAAACUCCGCCGGACACCCCCCUACGCUGACUCGCACUCGCACUCGCACUCGCACUCGAGGACGUCUUCUCGAAGUUCAACGCCCCAUGCCGUCUCUGACGUCGAGGACAAGCUGCCUCUUGACCGUGAGCGGCGGUCGUCUGUCUCCCGCCGCGGCAGUGGUGGUUCUCCCGGCACGCCCAAGAGGAACAAGUCGGUCUCUCAGACCGUUUCGGGAUCAAGCAGGUUUUCUACCCCCUUGACUCCCCUGUCAGCCAGCGGCAGUGACGAGGGUUCGUGAUAGCAGGAAACAAAAGCAAAAAGAAUGCAUUUUUACUUUGGUAAGCCGUCAUGCAUUAGAGCGUUUGGAAAUAUAUAGCCUGUUUUAUGUCUAGCAUUGAAUCAAUUACAAUUCCUUCUACAUCAUCCACAGCUUUGCAAUUGGUAUCUCAAACAUCAAUAAUUACAUACUGUAGAUGAUUGUUAUUUAGUGAUCUCACUCCGAACUCCUUUGCAAUUUCUUCUAGGCC